CACGCGGAGCUUACAAAUUUUGGUAAAGCACGGGUUUUGUCGGAGGCCGUUCAAGAUGUCGGAGAGGUGGAAGCUACCCUUCCGACGCGUGGCUCGCGUCCAAAGCCAGGGCGCCGAGCUGGUCCGGUGUGGCACCACAGCGCGGUUGGUGCACAGCGCGAGCGCAAGCGCGAGGCCGCAAACAAACGCAAAGGCUGCCACCGCGAGCGAGAGUCGCCUUCGAACCGCCGCUCGCUGCCCACCUGCGCGGGGCAGCCGUUUCGCUCUGCCCAUUUGUUGCACGAGCAGCUGUAGGCAAAAGCAGGACAGUAAGCCAUGGAGCAGGCCAGCGUCCAGGAGACCUAUCUCCAGUUGUGGGAGGCGCUCUGCCAGGGCCACGACGGGAGUAGGGAAGGAAGGCGCCUCAAGCUUCAGGUCGUCGACACUAUUUUAUUCAGAGGCGGCCGGCCGUGCGGCUGGGUCUUUACGGACAAGGAAGGUUUUGUGCGGGCGAAGCACCGAUCUAGGUUGGAGUGGGUGCAGAUCACGCGGCAUUUGUUGAGGCUAUUGCCAUCGAAUGCGGAUCGGGACGAGGCCGCUGCUGUCCUAAGGUAUGUGACGCCACAUUCAUCAAAGCUCCAGACUUUAGUGCUGAACCGGAGGGAGCUGCAAGACUUGGGAGGCUCGCCGGCGGCCUGCUCGUCCGCACUAGGUGGUGGUGAAUUAGUCGCAUUACAAGCAGCACCACAACCCUACGUCGGAGACGGGUCCGGCGUCUUCGCGUGCCGGUGCCGCUUCGGCGAGCCCGAGUUCAUCAGGAGGAUCGCGGCGGAUCCCGGCACGCUAGAUGCGCAGUUGACCAUCGCUACUUCAGUGACUCGGGAAUACGUGGAUUGGCCUGAGAAGCGUGCUGGGAAGAAAAUGAUCUCCGAGAGGUCUCGAGCGGCGGACCCGAAAGGAGUUAAACGAGGAAAGCAAUGUGCAAAUGCAACGGGUUCCGUGGCGGCGCACGCGUCCCAUGUAAGGGGCGUGGAAGCCCCUCGUGGAUUGACCUGCGAGUUUUCUUUCGACAAAAAAGGACGACCCACCUUAUGUCACGUCCUGGAUUUAAGUGGAUCUUCGCAGCGCAUAGCGAAUUGCCCGACGCCUCUCUCAAAUGGCCUUCCUCAUGAAUAUAUUUCGCCGACGUCGGACGAGUUCCCCACGCGGUCCCCGGACUUUGCUUAUUCGCCGCCCUCAAAUCCAAAAUGCGACGAGGCCUUCGCGCCGUCUUCGCGACCUCAGGCGUGGGGCGGCGCGUCGAACGCGGCCGUGAAAAGUGACGCGAAGCGGCGGUCGCAGAAGUUCCGGCAGCAGCUCGACGCCGCGUCGCUGUGGGAGUGCGCUCCCGCGCCGGCGCCAAAAGCUGCCCCAUCCUUGGAUGAAGUGCCGCGCUCCCAGACUGCCACGUCGUCUCGUAUUCGACAGCUCGACGGCCGCAUCUUCUUGAGACCGGAGGCGAAAUCAGAUAGGAGGAUCGCGUCGCAAGUGGCGCUGGAACGGCAGUUCGCGAUGCGCGACGGCGACGCCGGGCGCGAAUUGCGGGCGGCCUGUGAAAGAGCAGAGAAACAGCGCCAGUCGAUUCGACGAGAGCAAGAGGUUGAAAAAAGAAGGCGCGACAGGUACAUCGAGGUCGAAGAUGGAUUAGAUGUGAUCCGGACGAACCCACUCAUCGACGCCCGGAAGGCGGCGGAAGAAGAAAGAUUAGCUGCGAAUCUGAGGAGGCAGCGGGACAUCCAAAAGCAACGCGAGGAGACGCAGUUGAGGUUGGAGAAGCUGUCGCAGCCUCUCAGGAGGCCGAAGUCGGCGCCGGCCCGACGACCCAUCUCGACGGCGCCGGCGCCGGCGCGACGACGCCGGCCUAAAACUGGGAGACGAAAGCCCAGAAAGAGCGACCUUUCGACGAAGCGCUGGCGCGAGGCCGAGGCCGAAGCGCAACAAUAUCCUUUAUAUGGAGAAAAGACCGUGCGCUGCGUCCGCAUGCGCGAUCCCCGCACGCUGGCGAAGCAGUGGGACCAGCAGGUCCGCGACGGCGCAAUCUGGUGGGUUGGGAAGCCGCUGGAGAACGCGCCGCCGCCGCCGGGCGAGCCGGACCCCGACAAUCUGUGGGACUGCGUCGGGAAGCGGAACCCCAACGCCAAGAUGCCGUCGCCGGUCGGGCGCUGCCCUUCCACAGCAUCCGUGGGUCUGACGGACUCGGAGGUGCGGCUCGCGCGCGCGUUCACGAACCAGAAUCUCGUCGAGAGGUUGGUGCCGCGGAAGGAGCUUUCUCCUCGGUCCUACAUGGCGGGGAAGGCUUAA